AUGACAGAAUCAAGAUUAUUCACUGGAUAAUAUACGUGAAAACUACCGAUAAUAUCAAAUGUAGAAAAUAUAUAUGUACACCCAGCACUCUCGGCUAUGUAGCUACGAGAAAUGUCAACAUUGUUAGAUUAGCAAAGAUUCAUCCUGUAUCGCGUGUCGAUUAAAAAGCUAAUUAAAAAAGAGAAACACACGUUUCACCGGUAUUGGCACACGCGUCAAUAUCGACACAGCACAGUUACGAAUCAAUGGUCCGUGUUGAUAAACAUUCUCCACUAUUACGACGCGCACCAGCACGGACGUCUUUUUCAGUGACUGACCGACUGAUCAUCGACCGCGUGCCUGCCAUACCACUUGACGUUAGCUACUUAUCGCAAUCGAGUCGAGGUAUCGUAUCGAAGAAUAGAGCCAGUAGUACAUCAUGUGCGUCGUUUAAGUGACACGUUCGAAACAAGUGUACGUACGCGGAAGUAAUUGGAUCGGUUUAACGAAAUAUUUCAAUCCGUCGAGAUUGUGCAGUGUUUUUAUCGCAGCGGCAGGGCUGCCGCGUCACGUGGCCCCUCGGGCCAGGGAAAAGGACACUCUGCAUUGACUUUUCGUUAAGUUAAUUAACCAGGAGAGCAGCCGUUCAUCGGCGUCCAUAUUUAAAUGCUGGUGAGCGUGUAUCUUGACGGGCAAAGUAAAUGAACGACGCCGAUUACCCGAAUAGAUAAUUAAUCAAGCGAAUCAGGGAUCAAGCGAAAGGAAGGCAUUCGUUCUGCACGACCAAUCAUCGGCCCCGAUGUCCUGAUCACCUUAUAGUGCAUACAUCAUUCGGCACGAUUCGAGUGGAACGUCUUAAUUAAUAAUCACGCGAACCCAUUGAAAUUCGUGUGCAGUUUCGCAUAUUAAGAAGGGCAAUUAAAGGGAGAAGAAGCAGGAGGGGGAGAAGCGUUGAGAAAGGAACAGAAACGGACCGUAGCAAUUGCGAGUGGACUUGGUCGGCGGCCUCAUCGUCUACUUUUUACCUCGUUUUACGAACACCGAAAAACAGUUCUCACGCCGCACGCGAGAGGGACCUUAGACACGCACGCACGCACUCACGCACCCCUUCGAGGGUAGAACAUAAGCAAGAGCAAAGAGGCCCUGUGCCCUCAGUCAACUCGAUUUUUUUCAUGGUUUUUUCGAUCCUGUCCAGUGGCCAGUUUCGCCGUCCGUUCCGUAGAAUUGCUGCACACCGAUCGAAGACACCCGUCGACGACUACUCGGGACUAGCCGGACGCACCGUGGAAAAAUUGCGCGUAGUCGGAGCUCGGAACUUCACGAUGGAGUGCCGCAAGGGUCGACGGAAAGGUCUACUCAGUGGCCUGGUGUUUGCGUGGCUCCUAACCAGCGGUUGCACGGUCGCGGCGCGAAAUAUAGAUAGGUACGACACCGCAUACGCCUGCGAGGGCAAGAUCUUGCGGAUCGAGUGCGGCGAGGGGAAGCUAAUCCACCUUAUAAGAGCGAACUACGGAAGGUUCUCGAUAACGAUAUGCAACGAGCACGGGAACACCGACUGGAGCGUAAACUGCAUGUCACCGAAAUCCUUCCGAGUGUUGAACAGCGAGUGCAACGACCAGCAGAACUGCAGCAUUGUUGCAUCGACGCUGCAAUUCGGCGAUCCCUGUCCCAACACGCACAAGUACCUCGAGGCGCAUUAUCGUUGCCUGUCCGCGGCAACAACCACGACAACGUCCCGUCCGAGUCCUCCGUGGAUCAUGGCUUCUCAGCCGAACGUUUGGAGCACGGCUAAGCCGACUGUCAGGCCUCCUUCGAGGAUUACGACACCCCCGGCUCAACAGCCGCCGCAGCCGCCAGCACCGUCCAGCCCGGCGCUCCCAAUAACCACCACGCCAAGCCCCACGUCAACGAGGUCGCCGGUCGAUACGGAGGUCCUUGAAGUGGAUCAAGACUUAAUAUCUCCUGCAAAUGUUCCGUCUGCGAAUGGACCAGCGGUGCCUCCGAUCGUUCCUGAAACCACUCAGGCCACAACCACGUCGACCUUCGCUCCUUGGAGAACAAGUCGAAGGACCACUGUGCCGAGCACGCUCUACCCGGAGUCCAGCUCGAAUGGCCAAUGGUACGACUACGGUAGACAAGUGUGUCCCCCGGUGAUAGCCAGGAACCUGUCGUGGAACACGACCAGAGCCGGCGACGUGGCUGUUCAGAGUUGUCCAGGCGGUGCCAACGGUUUGGCGCGCUGGAGAUGCCUGGCCAGAGGGGACACGGCCUUCUGGCAUCGAGACAGUCCAGAUCUGAGCGAGUGCCGCUCCGUUUGGCUCACCACGCUCGAGAACAGGGUAACGGAAGGAGACGUGAUCCUCGGAAUCAGCCGGGAGUUAUCGCAGGUGACGAACAACAGCAGGGGCCUGUACGGUGGUGACAUGAUGAUCACGACCAAGAUCAUCAAGAACAUGGCGGAGAAGAUGGCGCAGGAUAUAAGGACGUACCAGGACGCGAAUCAGAGGGAGGUCAGCGUAACCGAGCUGCUGCAAGGUGUCGUGAGAACGGGGAGCAAUCUACUGGACAAGGCGCAAAUGGCAUCCUGGAAGGAUCUUAGCCAUCAGGAGCAGAUGAGAGUCGCGACCUCCUUAUUGAUCGGGCUCGAGGAGAACGCGUUUUUGUUGGCCGACACGCUGAUGCACGAGAAAACGAUCACUCACGAGGGAAGGAACAUACUGAUGGAGGUACGCGUACUGGAUGCCCGGAAUAUCGGCGAUGAUCUAGAGGUGUUCCCAACGGAGGCAGCUCAACAGAGGUGGACAGCUUCGAACGAUCGUGUCGAGUUAACCAGAGGAGCUUUGCUGGAGAACAGCGAGGGUGGUAUUGUCCGUUUGGUCUUCAUGGCCUUUGACAGGCUCGAGGAGAUCUUGCAGCCGCAAGCCGAGGUAUCAUCGCUAGUCAUGAACGACGAUCCGCAACCACUGCCGAAAAGGAACACGACCAGGCUUCUAAAUAGCAAAGUGAUCUCCGCGUCUUUGGGUAAAGGAAGACACAUACAACUCAGCGAACCUGUCAAAGUCUAUUUCAAGCAUCUAUCCAUUGAGAAUGUCACCAAUCCGACUUGUGUAUUCUGGGAUUACAUCUUGAGUGCUUGGUCAGAGGAAGGUUGCGAGAUACGAAAAACCAACGAGACUCACACAGUAUGCGAGUGCAAUCAUCUUACAAAUUUCGCUGUUCUGAUGGACGUGCACGCCGUCCGACUAGAUAUCGCUCAUCAAGUCGCGUUGCAGAUCAUCACCUAUAUCGGCUGCAUCAUUUCCGUAGUUUGCCUGGUUCUAGCAAUUCUGACCUUCCAAUUAUUUCGUGGACUAAAGUCGGAUAGAACAACCAUCCACAAGAAUCUCUGUGUGUGCUUGCUGAUCGCGGAAAUUUUAUUCGUUUGCGGAAUCGGACAAACGAACCAGAGAAUUGUCUGCGGCAUCGUCGCUGGAUUGUUGCACUUCUUUUUUCUUUGCGCAUUCGCCUGGAUGUUCCUCGAAGGAUUUCAAUUAUACGUCAUGCUGAUCGAGGUGUUCGAAGCGGAAAAGUCAAGGCUACGCUGGUAUUACCUGGUCGCUUAUGGUGCUCCGUUGUUGGUCGUUGCGAUUUCUUGUAUAAUCGAUCCUCUCAGUUACGGUACCGAUCGAUAUUGCUGGCUACGCGCGGACAACUACUUCAUCUUCAGCUUCGUUGGACCAGUGAUACUUGUUAUACUGGCAAACUUGGUAUUCCUGUCGAUGGCGAUUUAUAUGAUGUGCCGACACGCAAACACCACCGUAGCGAUGAAGAGUAAGGAGCACUCUCGAUUGGCCAGCGCAAGUGGAAAGGAAGAGAAUGCUCUUCCCAACAAAUUGCAAGCGCACUUGGCAUGGCUGAGAGGAGCGAUCGUCCUGGUCUUUCUACUGGGACUCACAUGGACCUUCGGGCUUCUCUACUUGAACCAAGAAUCAGUCGUGAUGGCGUACAUCUUCACCAUAUUGAAUAGUCUGCAGGGGCUGUUUAUCUUUGUGUUCCAUUGCGUUCAGAACGAGAAGGUGAGGAAGGAAUACAGGAAGUUCGUGCGCCGCCACUCCUGGCUGCCCAAGUGCCUGAGGUGCUCGAAGACGGUAGCCGGAAGCUCCGGUGGCUCUUCCGGUACCAGCGGCGGCGCCGGUGGUGCUAAUGGAGGCAAGGACUUCGCCUCUCACAACACCUCGUCGAAUCCGUCGGCGCCGACGACCGACAGCUCCGGAUUGUCGCCGCACGCCGCCUCCAAUUACUUGGCAUCCGGUCGAAGCUGGGCGAUUGUCGAUAGGCAGCCGGCAGUAACAGUGCCACGUGAAUCCUCUCCAACAGAGGCUCAUAUUGUGGCCACCCUGCCGUACGCCCGUCACGCCUUCUUACCCUCAGCUCCCAAUAUCCCCAAAUCUGCCACUGCCACUUGGGGCCACCUUAACAAAAACCUCAUGUGGAAGAACAUUUCUUUUAAAUCGUAUUCCCGUGAUUCCGGCCAUGGUGGCUCCGAGCAAGAGGACUCGCCUAGGACGCACAACACGCUGACCCUGGGACACUCCGGACGAAAUCGCGGCGCAACGAGAGGAAUGAACGAGAAUAACGAGAUCAGCGGCAACAGGACGACGGGGGGCUGCGGCGGUGGCCGAAGGAUCGCGAUGCCGUACAAGCACAAAUACACGGAGAUCAUGGACGGUCGUGCUAACGGGCCGGGACAUCAUCAACUGCAUGCCCAUCACGGCCAACACGUGCACCUUCCACGAGAUCUAACGAACGAGGACGAACCAGUUUACGAAGAGAUCGAGCGUGGCGGUGGCGGCGGCGGCGGCGGCGGCGGCGGCGGAGGCGGCGAGAUUCAAGUGUCGGACAUGUCCGACGAGGACGGCAGAAGACAGAGCGACAUGAGCAGACAAUCGUCGAGAAGUUACGGAGAUCACAGACCGCUGAUACCAUACUCGCCAGCCACCGACAGGAAUCUGGUGCAUUACGGGCAAACGUUAACGGACCGUGGCGGCGGAGGAAAUAUCCAUUGCGACGCGUCAGAGUAUAGUCCGGCGUUCGAGAGGACCCUCAACACUUGCUGGGAGAAAUUACGAAAGCAGCAAGCAUGGUACGAGCGUGGCGAACUGCCACGACUUCCGACCAGUUUCGGUAUACCGCCUCAGCCGGAUCAGUCGAGAACGGUCGCGGUUCUAGACGGGCAUACGGUCGUCUGUCAUCUGCAGCCGCAGACGGACAUGUACACAGGCCGCGGAAUGCCACCGCCUUCUUACAGCGAGUGUUAGAAUGUCGUAACCCGAUGUUGCGGAAUGUUGUCGUCCUCUUCGUCUUCCUGCACGAGGACGAUGAUGUCGAGACGCCGCGUCUCGUGGCCAUCGACGAAGGAACGUUCGAAGGAACGCAUGGGUUGUUCGUGAAUAUUAUGGAACGGCGUUCUUAAUCGACGAUCGGCGAAGUCAGAGAGAUCGUCGACAACGUGGUUCGUUCCUUAAGAAAGCCACGAUUCCGAAACAACUCCGGAGUUAUGUCUCGAGCUACGUUCAGCCGGAUGAAGGCACGUUGCGAACGAGGACAACGCGUCUCUAUAGCUCAAACGUAAACGCGACUGGUCCAUCAGGAGAUUGAUGAUCGUCGCGUUUCUUAGCCAUAAGCGGGUCGAUCGGCGAAAAUGGCCCCGCAUCUUUGUUCUGUUUCCAGUAUCUGUUUCCUCGAGAGUUGCGUGUAACCAAUUGCGAAAGUCCACGCGAAGCGGACGUGUCUAUCGUCUCUCUAGCUCUAGAACCGUGCGAGUGUGUGACGAAACGUCGAGGAUCUGUGUACGAUAGCGUGAAUUAUUCGAACAAAAUGGACCUCUUGUUGAAGUUAAUCGAUCGUCGUUGUACCGUCGAAGCUGCGCUCGGCUUUUUGGGAUUGGCUCACUGACAGAGUUCGGAGGAUACGACGUUGUGCGGAGAACGAUAAGACGUGACGAGUCCUCUUAGGUUAUUAAGAUUUACUAGGACAACGCUCAUUGAGUUCGAGGUUUCGAGGAACGCGUGUAAACGACUCGGACGGGAAGUAUGCUCUUGAUUAUAAUAUCGGAACAAAUUAUUUCCUUGCGUUCUUCGUCACGAUCUUCUCGUUCAUUGUCGAUCUAUCCUCGAAGCCUGUCCUCAUAUGCGUUGAGAAAUCGAGGAAAGCAUUUUCCUCGAUCGUCUCGUCGACGCUGGCUCUGCUCGUUAACGAAAAUGACCCAUGGAUUAUUUGAAAAAUAAUAGACAUAUCGAGAUCGAGAAGGGAAAAGGUUUCGCCUCGAGGGCGUAAAAAUCGUUCGUUAACGAGUGUUGAAUCGACGAGAAUUCGAUUCGAAUCCCCGAAGGGAAUCGGCGACGACUCGAUAAAGGAAUCUGAAGCCCGUGUUCCCUUCCAAACUUUCUCGACUUUCAUCAAACCGGAGAGCAGCGUUCAGUGACAUAUCGCAAGAUUGCCGAUCGAUUAGUCGACCUCGCCACGGAACGUUUAGAAGAAAACUAAAGUUACUUAAUAAUCGAUCAACGCUUAUACUUCGAUUAAUCAUAAUCGCGUUACAUUAGUGGUCGCAUCGUAGAAUUACUUCUAAAGUCGUCAGACUGCUUUCGUGUAAAAGUUGCGACACAAUCUGUGUCGGAAGAUGCAGAUGGAAAUGAAAAAAAGAAAAAAAAAAGAAAAAAAAAGAAAAAAAAGAAAGAAAGAAUCCUCGAGUUUCGGAGACGAAAGGAACGUACGUGUCAAUUUCGAGUGAGUUUCGGUAAUUAGAUCUUGGAAUACCCCCCUCGAGGGAACGUAGAGCCCGUACGGUUUAAAGUACCUUUAUCGGUCGUCCCAGCCAGCUCCUCAUUGUACAUUGCUUUGGAACGUUACGUUUUAGUCCCAGAAUGUUAUUUUUAUAAAUAAAAAAAUUAUAUAUAUAUAAAUGUAUAUGUAUGUAUACAGUAACAAUAUUAUAUAUAUAUAUAUAUAUAUAAAAUACGAAAAAAGAGAGAGAGAGAGAGAGAGAGAGAGAGAGAGAGAGAACGUGGAUAAGAAUUGUACGAAACAAGUACACAUAUAUAUAUAUAUAUAGUGCUACAAAGCGAUUUUCCGAACGACGUGAAAAAAGCGAAAAAAAACUUAGUCACUGUUUUUUACUAUUUUUUAAAGAACAAAAAAGGUAUAUGUCGUAACCGCGUAAUCUAAUAUGUAACUAAGGGAACCCGCGCGCUAUUUAUUUUUUAUUAUCUGUGAGUGUUAUCUAAUGUGUAAUUAGCGAUCAUGUUAGGAUCGACGAUCGAUGAACGCGUGAACAUUAGGAACGUAAUUAUGAUUCGAAGGAUCAAAACGAGAUCGAUCGAUCAAACGGAUCGCCGUCAAUCGAUCGUCGAGUCGAUUGGCGAAAUUUUCUGCUUGUAAAGAUCUAUCGUCGAUGAGCGAAAGCUAUAUUGGGCGAACGAAUAUCGAACUCUAUUUUAGCUCAAUGUUUGUUUCUCGAAACGUCUGACUUCUCCACUUCUGACUGGAGAAAUAUAUUGAGUUGACUAAUUGAUAACGCAAGCUUUUGUUUUUUUUUUUUUAAUUGUGUUACUAUGGUUCAACGCGAAAAGGUAUUUGUUAAAUUAUGCUUAAAACAACGUUAUAUUUCGAUAUGAAAUUUCUGUAGAUUUUCCUAAGUGAAAGUGAAGCACGCCAUAUGCAGUGAAUUCAAUACACUCUUUCUCUCGGUUGAACAGCGUUUCGUCGUUUCCUUUUUCUUUAAUUUAUUUCUCUGCUCAGCCGGGCCGGCCGUGAUCCUUCUCCCCGGCAAAUCGUUCGUUAAGGCGAAUAAAUCUAUAGGCGAAUUAAAUAGCGGUAAUCAGCGUUUUAAGGGUACCAGUAUAGUUAUAUUAAGCAUUAUAAACGUUUCCUUCGAUUUCUAUGAAAUUGUUCAUUUUAGCAUCGCGUGAAAUCCAUUCGCGGUUAUCUCGGUUUUCCUGUUUUUAGAGGCCCUUCGCACAAGCGUAGCUUGCGACAACAACCAAAACACCUGGAAAAACGUUUCUGUCCACAAUCUUAAAAGGUAGAACGAAAACUGUGUCGAGUACGUAUAUAUUUAUAUAUAUAUAAUUUUCAACGCCAUGAGAAUACUGCCGUCUCGUUUCUUGUCCGUAGUAAAUAAAUACAUGAACUUUGAACGCUCAUUUCUCGGUCGUCGCGUAUCGAAUCGCCGUUCAACAUCUAUUGGAAUCGUGUAUCCUAGCGUCGAUACUUAUCGUAUGCAUUUUUGGACAUUUUUUCGUUCCACUUUUACAUUCCUUCGUCGUCACGAUAAGCAGCAAUCGUGCGAGACAUUUUCAGAGAGCAACUCAGCAAGGAUUGCAGAAAUCAAUCAAAAUACGUGAUAAGUUGAAACGAUAUCAGAAAUGAAAGCUCAUGAUACAAAAUUGAGCCUCUGUUGCUUGAUGUCUAAGACUUUCGUGCGUUGCUCACGAGCGUUAAAAACUUUACGGUAUAUUAUGGUGCGCGAUAACGUUGUACGUUUUAACUUGUUAAGAUUUCAUUUCGCGUGUUUCGAUGAACGUCAAGAUCACGGCAUGAUUAUGUUGUAGCAGCAAGUUAUUUUUUUCUCGACGCGAUUGUUAAAUCCCGUGAUUACAAAGAAACGAAAAAAAUUUUCUUUCUCCUCGACGUUUGUGUCGUCGCGUCUCGCGAACGUCGUCCUCCAAUGUUCAGUCUGCUACGCGACGGAGUUUAGUUCUAUGAAUUUUGUACAAGCGAAAGAUCUUGCCCACUGAACGUUUACUGCCGGAUAUAAUCGUAAACGCAGCCACAUUCCAUCCGUUCGACUUAUCGUAAUUAAAAGAGGCAAGAGGAGAUUUAAAGGUGUACGAGCCAAGUAGACGGGAACAACUUCGAGCGCAUUGUGCCUGACAAAUAGGCAAUCGAUUUACGAAUUUACGAAAUUCUUUGUUUGUCUUCUUUUUCCUUCUUUUUUUUAAAUUUUGUUUUCUUUCGCUCAUUUCCCCCUUUUUUCUUAUUUUCUUGCAUCGACAACGGCGUAACCGGCGGGCCACACAAAAAGAGAAAAAAGAAGACACUGGUUUAAAGAUUUGUUAUAUACGAAAGACGAGAGAGAGAGAGAGAGAGAGAGAGAGAGAGAGAGAGAGAGAGAGAGAGAGUGAGAGAAAAGAGCAUUAUCAUUGAGAAAUUCUCGAAGUGAGAUGUACAUAAUGUAAAUAGGGCUUUGUACAUGUUGAAAAUGUUGUAAUGUAAAUGGAAAAAAUGCGCUAAAAGAGAGCGAAACAGAAAGAGAGAGAGGGAGAGAGAAUUGCAUGCAUGAGGAAAUGAAAAAGAGAGGUAAAGAACGAAAGGGAGAGAGAGAACAAGAGAGAGGCGACCGAGACGAUCGAUUUGAAAACAGAAAAGGAUACAUUUAGAUAAGAUAAGUUAUUAGUAAGUAGUGGAUAUUACAGUGACUAUUAUCGUGAUGGCGGAUGCGUGAGGCGGUUUAACUUAAGUCCCAAACGUAAUUAGUUAAUGUGUAAAUAAAUUAAGCGAGGAAGUAAAACAAACAAAAAAAAACAAUAUUAAAUGAAAGCCCAAGUAAUCUUUGGAUAUUUAUAAAUGAACUCCACUAAAGAGAAGUAACGACAAAUGAAUAAAAAGAA